AUGAGUGCCAACAAAUGGUGGGCUGAUGGUGAUUUGCCACCUCCAUCUAUGCGACAUCUAUUUCGUCCUCUAUCACAAUUUUCACUGCAAAAUGGUCAACCGGAAGAAAAGGAUAGAAUUUUAGAGGAACGUUUGACAAAUUUAAACAUAGAUGAGAGUGAAAAUCAAAUGGAAAAAUUAGCAUCGUUGGAGGAACGAGCAGAAAUGCUAAGGAUGAAUGAUAGAAGUCAAGAUGCACCUUCAGUGAGUGAUAUAGAACAACGACUGGCAAAGCUUCGCGGUGUACCAGUGGAGGAUAUCAGAUAUCCGAAGUCUGCAAUUUUAAAUGGAAAUGAAGUUGAAGAAACGGCUGAAAAACUAAUAAAACGAGCAAGAGAUGAAGCCAUGUUAGAAAAAAAUUGGGAUUGCCAUGGAGAAUCGGAAGAACAUGAUGUUGAUCCGGAAGAAUUUAUUAAAAUGUGUGAAAAUGAUGCCUCAUUUCCAUAUGAGUUGAAUCAAAAGCUAUCCGUACCAGAUACAGAUAUAAUGAUGGGUCGGGAUACGAUUCGGAAUCUCAAAGAUAUACAGCGAGUGAUGAAGUUGGCCAAACAACGUAGUAUAAAAGCAGCUAAACUGACAAGGAACGUAGACAGUGAUAACCACUCAGUGGACAACGAAAUUAAAAAGCUAAAGAAAUUAACCAAUCAAAGCAAUAUGAAAUCGGAAAAAAUAAAUGAAGAAAUGAGCAAGUUUUGGGAGAGAAAACUGGAUCGCAAAGCGUCUUCUUCCGAAUCCACUUCCAAAAGCGAAAAUUCGGACGAUGAUGCUGAAAUCGAUUAUGAAGAACUGCAAAAAGUAAGUACAGUGUUAUUAUUGAAUUAUUGUCUAUUCUGUUUACUUAUUAGCAUUAAAUCAACGCAAUCAUUAUUGAGAGCUAUCUUUUGUUUCAAGGUUGUACUGGAAGCUGAGAAAGCGGAGAUGGAAGCCAUGGAAAUGGUAAAAGAGUCGAAGAAAAGUGGCAAGAAAAGUGGUAUAUUUUCCAGAAUCUUUCGAUAA